CACCUAGGUUAGUUGAUGUUCCUAUGGUUCAUUUAAGAAGAGCUAUUGGUAUAACUGGAACAAAACCUGGAAAUAUGUCCACCUCAGUUAGAGAAAUUUAUAACAGAGAAAUAGUUGAAAAUCCAGAAGGUGCAACAAACUACACCUAUUUACAAUCACAAAUGUGUGUAAAAAAAAUGCGUCGGCGCCGUCAUCCCAACAAUCCAUCUACAGUCGAAGAACUGAUUGAUACCUUAAGCCAGCAUCAAAACUCAGCGUAUGGAACAACAAUGCAGAAUCCGUCUUCAAAUUUUUUUCAACAACAUUUACCGUUUAUGGUAGAAGGCGAACGGGUUGGCGUCAUAUUCUCAAAUUUAGAUGCGAUUCAAAAAUAUAGAGAAGAACUGCUAACUGUAACCUUUGCAGGAAUUGACGGCACAUUUAAAACGGUACCAAAAAGUCCACCACAGCUAACCAAAGGCUGUUUAUUAACAUUUCAAGUGGUUCUAAAAAAUGUAUCUUUUCCGAUGGUUUAUGGGCUGACUUCCCGAAUGACUCAAGCUACAUACGAGUCAUUCUUGAGGAUUGUUCGUGAGGUUUUGCCAUUGAAUUAUGCCCGGUUAACAAUCAUAUCUGAUUAUGAAAGGGGGUUAAUAAAUGCAGUAGAAUCAACCUUUCCUGAAAGCAGAUUUCAGGGUUGUUGGUUCCAUUACUGUCAAGCUAUUGUAAGGUAUUGUAGAAGAAGUCUAAAUAGUAUUUACCAUUUAUUCCAAUCGAAUCCUGAGGCAGCUACAAUAUUGCGCAUGAUCUUAGCUUUACCACAUUUAUCUGCUCAAGUACAUCCCAAUUGUACAUUUACAAUACAUGAUGGAUUUUGGGUAAUUGUUGAAUUUGCCAAUCAAUAUCCGAAUAUUUAUCAACAGAUGGAAGUAUUUCUGAAUGGUUAUAUUCAGGAAUUUUGGCUUACACAAAUUGGCGCUGACUCUAUAAGCGUCUAUGGUUCAGAUAUACGCACCAACAAUUACCUAGAAUCAUUUCACGCUAUGUUACUCAAUCAAAUGGGAAAACAUCCAAAUAUUUGGGAUUUUUUGCAAAAAUUGUUGUUGAUUGAAAAUCAAUUUUAUGUUGAGAUGGACCAAGUUCGAAGAAAUCUAACAGUAAGAAAUCAUACAUCUAGAGUACAACGGUCAGAUGCUACUCGGAGGGUUAGAGAGUAUAUUGAUACUCUCAAUGACGAUGGGAAUCUCUUAAUGUUUCUCCAAAGAGCAGGCCAUAUGAUGGAUGGGUAUCUGCAUGGACAAGUUGGCCCACAGCCAUGAUAACCUGAGAAAA